AUGAGUAUCCUAAGUCUACAAGAAGAUAGGCCCACGCCAAAAUGCGUUUACAACUACCGAGUGUAUACUUGCGCAGCAGUCGCAGCAUUCUGCGCGGUGAUGAUUGGAUAUGAUUCUGCAUUUAUCGGAGGAUCUAUUGCUUUAGACUCCUUCAAAACUGAAUUCAACUGGGCGCAAUACUCGAAAGCAGAAUCCGACUUGAUCUCCGAGAACAUCGUUUCAUGCUACCAAGCUGGUGCCUUCUUCGGCGCAUUCUUCGCCUAUGCUGCUGGUCACUACCUCGGACGAAAGAAGGGUCUCCAAGUCUUUUCUGCUGUUUUCAUUCUUGGAGCUGGACUCAUGCUAGGCGCAAAUGGACAGAGAGGUCUGGGUCUGCUAUACGCCGGAAGAACCCUUGCAGGUAUUGGAGUUGGCGGAGCGUCGAAUCUUACCCCUAUCUACAUAUCUGAGCUGGCACCUCCUGCUAUUCGAGGACGACUCGUCGGACUCUAUGAGAUGGGUUGGCAAAUUGGAGGCGUUGUGGGCUUCUGGAUCAACUAUGGUGUCUCUACGACCAUGAAGCCAUCAAGAGAACAGUGGCUCAUUCCAUUCGCAAUCCAACUCAUUCCAGCUGGCCUAAUGUUCAUUGGUCUCUUCUUCAUCCGGGAGUCUCCGCGUUGGCUCAUGAGCCGUGGCCAACGCGCCAAGGCCCUCAAGAAUCUCUGCUGGAUCCGAAAGCUCGACACCAACGACGUCUAUAUGCUUGAAGAAGUCUCAGCUAUCGAUGCCGCUCUUGAGCACCAACACGCUACUGUUGGACUCGGGUUCUGGCAACCAUUUAGAGCCCUCGCCAACGACCCCAAAGUCUCCUAUCGUUUCUUCCUCGGUUGCUCCCUCUUCUUCUGGCAGAACACCUCCGGAAUUAACGCCAUCAACUACUACUCCCCAACUGUCUUCAAAUCAAUCGGUAUCACGGGCACAAAUACCUCGCUCUUCACCACUGGCAUCUUCGGCAUCGUCAAGGCGCUGGUGACCAUCAUCUGGCUGUUCUUCCUCAUCGACAACCUCGGCCGCCGAAACCUCCUCAUGUUUGGUGCUUUCGGCGGUGCUCUGUGCCUGUAUUAUGUCGGUGCAUAUAUCAAGAUCGCAGACCCAUCUCAUCACCCCACCGCAAAUAUUACCUCAGGCGGCAUAUCAGCAAUGGCCUUCUUCUACCUUUGGACCAUCUUCUACACGCCCUCCUGGAACGGCACACCCUGGGUAUACAACUCAGAGAUGUUCCCGCAGAACGUGCGAACCCUUGGCCAAGCCUUCGCAGCGGCAUCGAACUGGCUCUUCAACUUCCUCGUCGCGCGCUUCACGGCGCAAAUGUUCACCGCCAUGGGCUACGGCGUAUACUUCUUCUUCGCUUCGCUGAUGCUGUGCUCUAUCGCCUUCGUGUUCUUUCUGCUACCUGAAACAAAAGGUGUGCCGCUUGAGAGUAUGGAUCGCUUGUUCAGCAAGGAUCUGAAGCCAAGGAAUGCGCAUAAGGUUGUGAUGAUUGAGUUGAGGGAGGACGAAGAGCAGUUUAGACAUAACGUUGAGGGGAGCGGGAUUGGGUUGGAUAAAGAUGAGAUGGGGGAGAAGGCGGCGCAUGUUGAGGAGAGUGUUUAAAUGAUUAUUGAGGCGUUUUGGACUGGGUUAGAAAGACUUGGGUAGAGGUGAGCUGCAUGAAAAUGGGCACAUACAUGUUAUAUCUUACGACUUAGACGAAUAUCAUGACGAAUGG